CUCCGUCUCCAACUGAAAUUUAGAGAUUGAAACGCGGCUAUAAAACAAACUUUUACAACAUUUCUCUUCGCGUUAACUUCCCUCGCAGGAGGAGAGCGCUGCUGGAUACUCCCUCAGUUCACGACUGAAACAAGGGAAAAGGGACUCAAGGAGGUCAGAUUUUGUUGCCGCUGAGGGGAAAUAAUUUCGUCUGUGGCAAGGAUGAAGAGAGCUGUGUCAUUCCUGAUCACUGUGUAUGUCUCAGUGCCUGUCAUUUUAUACCUGUUCCCGUGGAUACUGGGCCAUGCCAUAUUUGCUCACUUGUUGAGGUUUCCAUUGUUGGUGGAUCUUGGCAGACCUGAAGACGUACUGAACCACACGUGCAACUUCUACCUCAACACUGAGGAGGGCGUCUCAGUGGGUGUGUGGCAUACGCUCCCUGCCAGCCAAUGGGAGGCGUCCGCAGGGAGAAGCCCUGAGUGGUACCAAGAGACGCUGGGAGACGGCCGUCCUGUUAUUAUAUAUCUCCAUGGCAACUUAGGGACCAGGGCCAUAAAUCACAGAGUAGAACUUGUGAAGAUUUUAAGUGCUGCAGGGUAUCACGUCUUGUCUUUAGACUACAGAGGUUUUGGAGACUCCACUGGGGAGCCGAGUGAAACCGGCCUGACCACUGACGCCCUCUAUCUGUACAACUGGGUAAAGAAGCAAAGCAGUGGGAGUCUCGUCUGUCUGUGGGGACACUCGCUUGGCACCGGAGUGGCAACCAAUACUGCAGUGAAAAUGCAAGAGCAAGGGUCUGCUGUUGAUGCUUUAAUCCUUGAGGCUCCAUACACAAGAAUUGGAGAAGUUGUAGCCAUCCAUCCGCUUGCUAAGAUGUACAUGUUCCUUCCGGGAUUUGAGAGCUUGGUUUGGAACAUUUUGGAAAUGAACAACAUAGUAUUUGCUAACGAUAAAAAUUUAAAGACCUUGACCAGUCCAGUUCUUAUACUGCAUGCAGAGGAUGACAAUAUUGUUCCUUAUCACAUGGGUCUGAAGCUGCACCAGAUAUCACUUGAGGCUCAGAAGGAACAUAAGAAAGAUGUUAAAGUCGAAAUGAUCUCCUACGGUGCACAUCUUGGAUUCUCCCACAACGACAUCUACUUAGAUCCCAAUCUGCCAGUUGCGGUUGGGAGAUUUCUGCAAACCCUGAAACAGUAGAAGUAAUUCAACAGAACUUGGCAGUGUGGCAGUUUUGCAUUGGCUCCAGCUCUCAUCUCCAAUUGUUGGCAUCUAUAAAGCACAUUUUGCAAGAUAAUGUCCAAUAAAUUCUGAUAUCAUGA